AUGCUGUCAACAGAAAUGACAACCUGGAAGAAAAUUGCAACGCUCUUGCUUGCACUCAUUGCUGCAACAUUUGUGGAGGCGACGGUAGCGGGUGACUCGCUGGAGGAGGCGGCCAGUGAGGGGAAACUGCACUAUGAGGUGAUCAUGAGGGAAGCCAAGAUGCCCAAGUAUGGCGAUUGCUACCAGAACGCAUUGGAGGAUCUGCACAAUGGCUGUAGCAAUCUUGAUGACGAGGUCCAGAGCAGACUCGCCCUGUCGUUUACCAACUGCUACAUGCUGAGGUUCGGCUGGCCCGUGUACCCUUGCCGGGGCGACCAGCAGCUGAGCAAGUGCAUGGAGGGCCUGGAUGCUAGGGCCGCCUCCAUCUACUCCUCCAUGCUCACCAACACGCUUGCCAUGUGCCAUUUCCUCCAGGCACAGGCGUGGCACCACUCGACGUCCAGUGCCAUUGACAA